AUGGGAGGAGGACGCAAGUUAUCAGCAUCCUUUCUCUCCUCAUUAUUCAUCAUCUUUUACUUUCUUUCUACCAAUGCCCGAUUCACUCCUUCAGACAACUACCUCAUCGACUGUGGAUCACCUCAAAACACCAUCCUUGACGACGGCCGAACGUUUAAAUCCGACCCUCAAUCGGUUUCCUACCUAUCCACCGACGAAAACAUAUUCGCCACCUCAAAUUCCAUCCCGGAAAACGAAACGCUCCCUUUAUACCGGACUGCAAGAAUCUUCGACAGCGAAUCAGUUUAUAGGUUUCUCGUUUUUCAACCUGGCCGCCAUUUCCUACGACUCUACUUCUACCCUCUCCACCACCCGUCAUAUAAUCUCACCACGGCGGUUUUCACCGUGAAAACAGAAGGUCUAGUUCUUUUGCAUGAUUUUUCAGCCACAAAGAAUUCGGAUUCUCAUUUCAAAGAAUACCUCAUUAACGUCACUUCUGAUGAUUUCUCACUCGUUUUCUCCCCAUUGAAGAAAUCUUUUGCUUUCGUGAACGCCAUCGAGUUUGUUUCAGCCCCCGAUGAGCUCGUUCCUGAUUCCGCAACCAUUAUCUCUCCUCCUGGAGUUUUUAACGGUAUGUCAGAUUAUGACCUUCAGAUUGUGCAUAGAGUUAAUGUCGGAGGGCCAAUGGUUAGUCCAAAAAACGACACAUUGUCAAGGACAUGGAAGAGUGAUAGUCAUGGAUACAUGAUGUUUCCCAAGGGUGACAAACUUGUUUCCGUUGAUCCGAGUACAAUAACUUAUCCGGUUGGAGGAGCCACUCCUUUGAUUGCACCGAACCAAGUUUACUCCUCGGCGGCUUCAAUGGAAGAGUCCGGUGUCUCCAAUGCAAAUUUCAACCUGACUUGGGAGAUGAAUGUAGAUUCGGGGUUCAAUUACUUGAUAAGGCUGCACUUUUGUGAUAUCGUGAGCACCGGUAUGAACACCCUCUAUUUCAAUGUGUAUGUAAACAACAUGAUGGGGAUCUCAGGGCUAGACUUGUCAUCACUCACUUCAAACCUAGCGGUUCCCUACUACAAAGAUUUUGUGGUCAAUGCAUCCGCCGUUUCCAACGGUUUGAUACGUGUUCAGGUUGGACCAUCCGAUCUUGAAUCCGCCAUUCCCAACGCCAUACUAAACGGCUUGGAGAUCAUGAAGAUGAGAAACGCUGCAGGCACCUUAGAUGGGUUAUUCUCAUCUAGGAGGAAUAGUCGUGGUGUGUCACGCACCACGACUAUUGCCGAGGCAGUUGGUGUUGGGGCAGCAGCAAUUGCGUUGUUGCUCCUCAUCUUUGCUUUCAUUCGGAAUAAAAACAAGGCCAAGGGUUGGGACCAGGGCGGAACUAGUUCCAAGUCAUGGUUUCUUCCCCUUAACGCGAGUUAUUGUAGUACUUUGCUAUCUAGCAAGAGCAAGAGCAAGAAUGGACCCGCUCUUGAUCCUGCAUUGCCCAGAGAACAAGUGAAUUUAGCCGAAUGGGCAAUGGCAAAACAAAGGAAGGGUGUGAUUGAGAUGAUUGUUGAUCCUAAAAUUGUGAAAACGAUAUGCUCUGAAUCAUUAAUAAAAUAUGUGGAAGCAGCAGAAAAGUGUCUAGCAGAGUAUGGUGUUGAUAGACCUUCCAUGGGAGACGUUCUCUGGAACUUGGAGUUCGCUUUGCAACUUCAAGAUGCAUCUUUGCAGCUCGAUCCUCCUGAAGAAGAUGAUACAUGCGACGCAAAGACAAAUAAGAUCGUUGCUUCUGAAAAAUCCAAGAAAGGCGAUGAAACAAAUAACGACAGUGAUGUUAGUAUCCUUAUAAAUGAUGACUCAGGCAUCGUGAUUGGUUCUCCUUUGUUCUCCAAGAUCGAAGAUUUUGAAGGAAGAUGA